AUGGGGGAAACUCGUAAGCGAGCGCUGCAGUCCUACCUCGACCAGAUCCUAAAGAUGAUUGAAUUUAAUGUCACCGCAGAAGAUGAGUUUAUCCAAGUUGCCCAAAGUUUUGAUGCAUCAAGAAAAAAAUGGCAGCAGGCGGAAAGAGAGCUACGGGAGAAACGAGAGACUUUGCUGAAAUGUGAGAGUGAUCGGUCAGCGCUGCAAGUGAUGCUUAAGCAUGCGCGGAACCAGGUGGAAGUGGAGAUGAGGAAACGCCAGAAGAUCGAGAUGGAGCUGGUCAAAGUGGAACGUCAACUCCAGCUGGUCGGUGAUCUCAUAACGAAUGAUGGUCAGACGGCUGCCCCCCUCAGUGACUCUGUUCUAGCGGUUUUUGGUAGAGACAAAGUCAGAUCUGCAGCCCAGGAUGGAAACAGGCUCUCCGUUGUUGAUGAAUCGUGUGCAUCUUUCUUGUCUUAUUCUGGGAUUAGCUACGAUCGAACGGAUGACGACCUGGAUCUGGACGAGCCGGCGGCGAGACCCGUUAAACCAAAGCCGGAGAGAAGGCGUUCAUCUCUUGCUCCGCUGAUCGCUCCUCUCUUGAAAAGGUCUAGUCAGAGCGCUGUGGCUGCAGUUGUGGCUGAGAAUGUCAAAGAAAUGGUUAUUGCAAAAACCACAAUGUGCAUCUCUGACGAAGGCCCCAUCCACGCAGUGUCCACCGUGGAAGCCGUGCCCCGCCGCAAAUCGCGCAGGAGCCGCGCACUUCUCUGCCUGCAAGAUCAGUCAUGCAUGCUAACCAAAAUUACUGAAGCCGUGGAGCCAGACCAUGAGACCGUGCCAUCAGCUCCUGGUAACCAAACGCAGGCACACUCUUUCCUAUCCAAAACGAUGAUCCGAGCGGAGAUCUGUGCAGUUUGCGGACAAAAAACACGUUUUGGGAAGAUGUCUUUGAAAUGCAGAGACUGUCGGAUUUUGAUUCAUCCAGAGUGUAAGGAAUACUGCGCUAAAGAAUGUUCCUCUGGGUCAUCGCCAGCUCAGAGAGCAUGUCCCAAAAACGGACAGGGAGUCCUGGCUGAUUACGCUCCGGUAACAUCUCCGAGAGUGCCCAGCCUGGUGAUACAAUGUGUCAAUGAAAUUGAGAAACGCGGGCUCAGCGAGAGAGGAAUCUACAGGCUUUCAGGGGGCGAUCGCCAGGUCAAGGAUCUGAAGCAGAAACUUCUCUGCGGCAAAGCCAAGGCACAACAGCUAGCCAAAGAAGACAUCCAUGCGGUGUGUGGGGCUCUGAAGGAUUUUCUGCGCAACCUGGAAGAACCUCUGCUCACUUUCUCCCUGCACUCUCUGUUUAUGGACGCUGCCGAUAUUCUAGAUGAGAACGAUGCAAAAGCUGAGAUUUGCCAAGCAGUUCAUGAGCUCCCUGCGCCCAACAGAGACACUCUGGCCUUUCUGAUCUUGCACCUGUACAGGGUAAUGCGUAGCCAUGAAUGCAAGAUGGACAAAGUGAACCUGUCCCGGGUCUUUGGUCCCACUGUAGUGGGCUAUUCCAUGCCAAAACCCAGUCCCGUCAUGAUGAUGCAGGACACCCCUCGACAAGCAAAGGUAAUGCUUCUGCUCCUCUCGGUGCCGUGCAGUUUCUGGAACCAGUUUCUCUCAAAUGAUCAAGAAAAUCUGAACUGUGACUCUGUUACUGCGGCUCAGGGACGUCUCUUUCACCCCCUGACUUCCCCAGAGAUGAAUUUAGCCAAGUCUGUUCUUUUAUUUUUUUUUUCUUGUUCUUCCAGGGUACCAUCCAACGCCGACAUCCCCCGAAAACCUGGGAGAUUGUUCACCUCUCCCAAUGCUUAA